CGAAAAUCAAUUAUAUGCAGUCUAUUAUACCGUGAAAGUCGUGGAAGAGCAAAACACAAUAAGAUCGUGCGCCUCGCGUUUCAUCUCAAGACCAAACCAUAUCAUAAGCUCAGCACCUCCAACUCUUGAACAACUAGUCCCUUACUUCCCGUCCCAAAAUGACUGUCACAUAAUUCUCAACAAAGCCUCAACUCCCCUGUCACACAAAAAAUGAUACUAAUCAUCACCACAAUCAUCACAACACUUUUUCUCCUCUCCUCCUCAUCAUCACAGGCCUCGCACAAUUCAUCAUGUAGCCGCGUCUGCGGAGCUCAUAAAUCAACUCAAAUCCACGUCCAGUAUCCUUUCGGAUUCUCGCCGGGCUGCGAGAUUCAGCUAGCUUGUUUAAACUCUUCUGUUAAGAUUGAGCAGUUUCGUGUGCAGAACGUAACGAAUGAUCAUAUCUUGGUCGACAUUCCGGCUCAAUGUGAUCGGAAUAUCAGCGCGAUCAGGCCGCUCUUCGGGAGAAACUUCGCGCCUUCUUCCCGGAAUAGCUUUCUGUUGCAGAAUUGUAGUCGGCCUGUUAAAGAGUGUUUGAUUGAGACCAGUUUGUUAGAAGAUAGAUUUCAGGUGGACACGUGUCAGUCUGUGAGGAGCAAUGUUAGCUGUUAUGUAGAGGAUAGAGAUGUUGAGUUUAUGAGUUUCGAGACGCUGGAGAAGACAGGCUGUUCGGAGCUCUUCACGGCGAUUGCGGUUGAUUUGUUUGACAAUCGGAGCGUUGAUUCAUCGGUGGCUAUUGAAAUUCAGACGCUGGAGUUAGGGUGGCUUUUGGAAGGGCCUUGUAAGUGUGUUGCGCAAGCCGAUUGUGUUAAUUUGACUCUCGGCGGAUUGCAGGGGUUUCGGUGUCGAUGCAAGAGUGGAUUUGAAGGAGAUGGAUUUGUCGACGGCGGUGGCUGCCGGAAAGUCAGUGGAUGCAGUGCCUCAGGAUACAUGUCUGGUCGAUGUGGAGGGACUACGAAAGUGGGAGUUCUUUUCGGUGGUAUUGCUGCUGGAGCCGGUAUAGUAGCUGCUGUGGCUCUUAUAUAUUACUGUAUCCGCAAACGGACAUCACAUCUGAAAAAUCAGUUAAGUGCAAAGCGCCUCAUAAAUGAAGCCACAGGCAGCUCUACAGUUCCUCUCUUUCCAUACAGAGAUGUUGAGAAGGCCACACAUGGCUUUUCUGAGAAGCACAGACUGGGUACUGGAGCCUAUGGUACAGUUUAUGCUGGGAAGCUCCACAAUGAUGAGUGGGUUGCAAUAAAGAAACUAAGACAUCGUGAUGCUGAUGGAAUUGACCAAAUCAUGAAUGAGAUAAAGCUUUUGUCCUCGGUGAGCCAUCAGAAUCUAGUUCGCCUUUUGGGUUGCUGCAUUGAGAAGGGUGAACAGAUUCUUGUCUAUGAAUACAUGCCCAAUGGAACUUUAGCUCAGCAUCUACAAGGAGAAAGGGGCAAGGGCCUUCCAUGGACUGUACGCCUUACCAUUGCAACCGAGACUGCACAUGCAAUUGCUCAUCUACAUACCGCUACACAUCCCCCAAUUUAUCACAGAGACAUUAAAUCUAGUAAUAUACUUUUAGAUGUUAACUUCAACUCCAAGGUAGCUGAUUUUGGUCUUUCAAGGCUCGGCAUGACAGAUGAUUCUCACAUUUCCACAGCCCCACAAGGGACUCCCGGCUAUGUUGAUCCACAGUACCAUCAAAACUUCCAUCUUUCAGACAAAAGUGAUGUUUACAGUUUUGGCGUGGUUCUUGUAGAGAUUAUAAGUGCAAUGAAAGUGGUUGAUUUCACUCGACCUCCCACUGAGAUUAAUCUAGCUGCUAUUGCUAUCGACAAGAUAGGAAAAGGUCGUGUGGAUGAUAUAAUAGAUCCGUUCCUUGAACCUAAUAGAGAUGCAUGGACUUUGUCAUCUAUUCACAAGGUAGCUGAGUUAGCUUUCCGAUGUCUUGCUUUUCACAAGGACAUGAGACCUUCUAUGACGGAAGUUGCAGAAGAACUAGAACAUGUCAGACUUAGUGGUUGGGCACCAAUCGACGAAAAUAUAGGCAUGGGAUCAUCGGUGUCAUCUUCGUGUGCAUCGCCAUUUAAUGGAAGUGAGCUGUCAGUAGGCGGCACUAACAUAAAGAAAGCAGGCAUAGGAAGUCGAAGGGUGAUAGUCACACAAAGAGAAGUAGCUUGCCUCACUACAAUGGAAGAAGUUAGUGAUAGCUCCCCUGUUUCUGUUCAUGAUCCGUGGUUAAGCGAUCAGAGCUCACCCUCCACAAACAGCUUGCUGGGUAACAUUACUCACUAAACGCACCUAUAUAAAGUUAUUAAUAGCUUGAGUGAAUUGUUCAUGUUAAUAUUAUACAGGACUGUCAGGUAUUCAAGAGCAGAAA